AGCUUUUCCAAUUCCUGCUAAAUCAGUUAGGGUUAAACGAAAGAUGAAGAAGACGCCAUUGGCGAUGCAAAGUGGAAGUGAGAAACAAAAGAAGAAGAAUAUAUUCGAAAAGGAAGGUCUAGUGAAACUCUUGAGAUGGCAUUUCGGCCACGCUCAAUUUAGGGAUAAACAGCUUGACGCUAUUCAAGCGGUUUUAUCAGGGAGAGAUUGUUUCUGUUUGAUGCCAACUGGUGGUGGAAAGUCAAUCUGCUAUCAAAUUCCUGCUCUGGUUAAACCUGGAAUUGUACUUGUUGUUUCUCCUUUAAUAGCUCUGAUGGAAAACCAAGUGAUGGCGUUGAAGGAGAAAGGAAUUGCUGCUGAAUUUCUGUCUUCAACACAGACACUACAAGUGAGAAAUAAGAUACAUGAAGACCUUGAUUCUGGAAAACCAUCAUUGAGACUAUUAUAUGUAACACCAGAACUGAUUGCAACAUCAGGAUUUAUGUCAAAGCUGAGGAAGAUUCAUUCAAGAGGGUUGUUAAAUCUCAUUGCCAUAGAUGAGGCACAUUGCAUCUCAUCGUGGGGCCAUGAUUUUAGGCCUAGUUACCGUAAGCUCUCAUCUUUGAGGAACUGCCUCCCAGAUGUACCAGUAUUGGCACUGACAGCAACUGCUGCUCCCAAAGUUCAGAAGGAUGUGAUAGAGUCCUUAUGCUUGCAGAACCCUCUAGUCCUUAUAUCUUCUUUUAAUCGUCCAAAUUUAUAUUAUGAAGUUCGAUACAAAGAUCUUUUAGAUGAUGUCUAUGACGAUUUGUGUAAUGCUCUCAAGUCUAUUGGAGAUAUCUGUGCAAUUGUUUACUGUCUCGAACGCACAACUUGUGACGAGUUGUCUGCUCAUCUUUCCAAAAGUGGCAUUUCUUGUGCUGCUUAUCAUGCAGGCUUGAAUAAUAAAUUGCGGAGCUCCAUAUUAGAUGAUUGGAUUUCUUCCAAGAUACAAGUUGUUGUGGCUACAGUUGCUUUUGGGAUGGGUAUAGAUAGAAAAGAUGUUAGAGUGGUUUGCCACUUCAAUAUUCCGAAGUCAAUGGAAGCCUUUUAUCAAGAGUCAGGUAGAGCUGGUCGUGAUCAAUUGCCCUCUAGAAGUUUGUUGUAUUAUGGAAUGGAUGACCGCAGAAGGAUGGAAUUCAUUCUAAGCAAGGCUGAGAGCAAGAACUUACAGCCCUCAAGCUCUCAGGGAGGGUUGUCAAAAAAUUCAAUGUCCAAUUUCAAUCAGAUGGUCGAGUAUUGUGAAGGUUCUGGAUGCCGCAGGAAAAAGAUUCUUGAGAGUUUUGGGGAACAGGUAUCUGCAUCACUAUGUAAAAAAACAUGUGAUGCCUGCAAACAUCCAAACCUAGUUGCCAAAUAUUUGGAAGAGUUAACAACUACAUGUGCUUUACAGCAAAAAAAUCGUUUCUCUCAAAUUUUCAUAAGCUCUCAAGAUAUGAUCCAAGAAGAACAAGUUUCAGAAUUUUGGAACCGUGAUGAUGAAGCAAGUGACUCUGAAGAAGAUAUAUCUGACUCUGAUGAUGGCGUCAAGGUUGUCAAGAGCUUAUCCAAGUCAAAGUUCUCAACAAAAUCAGGAAUAAAUGAGAAGAUUGAGUUUUUGCAGCGUGCAGAAGAGAGUUAUUAUGGGAAUAAAAACUCUGAUAAACAGGUCAAUAAACUCAACAAGAAUGCAAUAUCUGAAUCUCUGAGGGAAGCAAGCAAGCAGAGAUUAGUAAAUGCUCUGACGCAGGCUCAGCAGCGGCUUGGCAGCUUAAGCAUUGAAUUUGAAUCAUCAGCCACUUUCCUUGAAAAUGAAUGCUAUAAAAGCUAUGGAAAGAGUGGAAAAUCAGUCUAUUAUUCCCAAAUGGCAAGUACUAUUAGGUGGCUGUCAACCACGAAUUCCACUGACCUAACUAAUCGACUGUGCACCAAUACCAGUUCCUCUUCAGAGAACAUUAUCUGUAAAGAAAAAUCUCCUGUGGCGCCAUCAUCUUUGUUGGAUCAACCAGCAGAAAUUACUAACGAACAUAAUUGCAGCAACGCUAGGUCCGAAACCUGGAUGAAUGCUCUGCCGAAGGAAAGUGCUUCUCCUAAUACACAACAGCCAGUGAUUCCAUCCUUCUCAGAGUUUGUCAACCGCAGAAAGGCCAAGGACAGCCGACUGGAUAACGCAUCACAGAACCAGUCACCAGAGAAAAAUUUGAAGAGGACGAAGUUGCAGUAGUUAAGUUUUUGGGGGUCUUUAUUCAGUUUUUGUUUCCAAUGGGACAUACUAAGCUACAUGUUUAUGCUUCUUCUAUGUGCUAUGGCCUUCAAUUGAAUGGAGGUUACAUGUUUGAGAUUUGAAUACAAUUUCACUUGAGAUGAGAUUCAUCUGAAUGAUUGACAUUCUUGAAGCAUAUCUUGAAGUGUUAAGAAAACCUGAAAGUUUGUGCAAAAUUUUUAUUUUGGAAACAAGAGCCAUUGAUAAA